AUGAAUAAUCAAUUAAUAGAGAAAAUAAUUACGUCGAAUAACUUAACAUGUCCUCGGUUCAUUUACGAAAAUCCGGCGCUCGACAAAAAUGUAGCGAAGGCACUUUCGAAAAGUUUCGUAAAAAUCCUAAACUUGUCUCAAGCACAACAAAACUCAAAAACGAGCAACAACUUACGACAGUCUAUACUUGAAAACAUAAGAAAAAUGUGCAGAGUAGAACCUGAAAAGCACGUAAAAGUAAACGAAGACUUAACUGCAAUUUUAUUGGAAUUUUAUGAACAAAUAAAUAAGAACUCAACACAGACUGGCAUCGAAUCAACACAGAGAGACCUAGAUGCAUUUUUAGUUCGAAAUUUAAAAGAUAUGAAUAUCAAUAGCAAUCAUCCUAAGUCGCAACUAAAUCCUGAAAUAGUGCAAGCUUUAUUAAAUUUAAAUCAAAAUGGAAUAUACCAUAAUGAAUUACUAAAGGAUAUUAUUCAUUGGAAUGUUACAGAUAACAAAAAUAUACAGAUAUUAAAAAACUUGUGGGCUAGUGAUAGUGUUUGUACACAGCCUAGUAUAGCUGAAGAUAUCUCAAUAAAGUUUAAAACUGGAAUUGAAAAAUGUCUGUUGGAAAUUAGUUAUAGUAUUUUAAAUGACAAAGACUUAAAUAUUGAUAGUAUUUAUAACUCUAAUACAGAUUUAAAAGAUUUGGUGAAUAAAGCAUCUUUUUCCGCUAAUUGUUUUCAAAUAUGUUAUAGCAUACUUAAUUAUCUGUUUAUAAUGACCAACUUUGACCCCAGAAUACAACAAUUUAUCCAAAUAUUUAUCGAGAAUGUAAAAAAUAGUAGCUCUAAUCAAUUCUCAUUAUUGUAUCCUGCUCAUUUGAGCCACAUAGUAGUAUUAUUAGAUACUAAAAUUGAAGAAUUAGCUCCGUCAAUACAAAAAGAUUUUAUUGAAUCUACUAAUAAGUUUUUAUCUAGUUUAAAAUGUAGGAAUGAUUUAAUUAUGUUAUUGUCACAUUAUCCACAAUGGUUUGAUGUUUAUUAUAAAUAA